AUAAAAAUUGUAAUCAGUGAUAAAUGACUGUGAUAAGAAUUAAUCACUGCAGGUAUUCAUCCUAUUGUACAGAUUUGCCUCACGUAAUCAUCUUGACAAAAGAGGACGAAGCCUGCAAACUGGUUAAAGAGGACCUAAGAAAGGUCUACACCAGCAAGAAGAUCAGAGAAAAGAUGGAGACGUGCAGGAAUCUGCUGGGUAUUCCAGUGAACCACAUCUUCCCUGUUAAAAACUACCAUGAGGAGAUGGACACAGACGAUGACAUGGAUGCUCUGAUUCUCAAAGCACUGGAUCAGAUCCAUUGUUCAUCUGGAUUCAUUGAACUGAAUAAAAUGGGAGGGUCUGAGUCUACACCUCAACAACCUCAAACACCUCCACCGCCUCCAGAAUUUGAUAAGCCAUGGAGGAUAAUGCAUUGGGGGAACAAAGACAGUUUAGGAGAGAAACUGAGGAACUUUAAGCUCUGCAGUUCUGAUGUUAAGUUUGUCAGGCUUCUGAUAGUUGGUGAAGUUGGAGCAGGAAAGUCCAGCUUUAUAAAUUCAGUCAAUAAUGCUUUCCAAGAGCGAAUCACCAGUGGGGCUCUUGUUGAUGCAACAUCUGGAACCAGUUUCACAAAAAUUUACAAAACCCAUCAUAUCAAGGGGAAGGACGGCUCCCGUUUACCUUUUGUGUUCAAUGACGUCAUGGGACUUGAACCUGCCAAUGAACAAGGCGCACAUGUACAGGACAUCAUCACAGCCUUAAAGGGGUUUCUUGAGGAAGGAUAUAAAUUUAAUCCUGCUACUCCCGUGUCUGAGAAGGACUCCAACUACAAAACAAAUACCAAAGUUUCUGAUCAAACCUUCUGCCUGGUCAACGUUCUAUCUGCAAACAAAGUGUCACUCAUGGACCAAAAGCUUAUUCAAAAGAUGAAAGAGAUUCGUGAGGUGGCUUCAGAGUAUAAUUUGCCUCAAGUUAUCAUCUUGACAAAAGUGGAUGAAGCCUGCCCUCUGGUUAAACAGGACCUAAGAAAGGUCUACACCAGCAAGAAGAUCAAAGAAAAGAUGCAGGUGUGUAGUAAUCUGCUGGGUAUUCCACUGAGCAACAUCUUCCCUGUGAAGAACUACCACGAGGAGGUGGAUACGAACAAUGACAUGGAUGUUCUGAUCCUCAAGGCGCUCGAUCAGAUCGUGAAUCUCGCCAACGAUGCUCUGGAAGACCAAAACCCUAAUGCAAGAGUGUAGUAAGCUGCUAGGUAUUCCAGUUAACCACAUCUUUCCUGUGAAGCUCUACCACGAGGAGAUGGACACGAAUGAUGACAUAGAUGUCCUGAUCCUCAAGGCACUUGAACAGAUUGUGAGCCUUGCUAUUGAUGCCCUGAAAAACCAAACCUCAAACCGAUCUGGGACAAACUGCUGUAAUUGUUCUUUUUGCUUAUAAUAAAUAUCCCAUAAUGUAACGUGGUAACAUGCUAGGGAAACCAGUACAUGUUUAAGAUAAUUUCAGGAACUGCUCAUAUAAGUGAUUAAGUAUCAUCAUUAUUACGCGUCUUUAAUCUGUAUCCACAAUGAGAGGGGACUCGCACCGUAUUUUAGCUAAGGUCUGCAAUCUCACUGCUUCCUAAUUAACCGGACCUGUGGCUAGGCUAUUCAUAGCUAACUUACAUCCUUAACCACAUUACUAGCAGUACUGACCACAAAGACCUCAGUACUCCUCAAACUGUGUGUGUACAAACAGCUGUUUGCUCAUAUUUAGCUUGCGCAAAUUAAACAACUAGUAUAAACAUCAAGUGUGAACAAAUCUUUUUUUUUUUAUCUAGCCUUCUUAGCAAGUGAAGGGUCCAAUAUGCUGUCUAGUACCAUGUUGUGGUUGCCCGUAAAUCUAAUUGAUUAAGCUACACAGUGGUAGCUAACAUCAUUUAUCAAUGUAAUUUUAUUAGCAUACUAGCUAAAUUAGCUAUUUAAAUGUUUUAACACAGACUAAGAAAAUCAAGAUCAUGUUUAUGAUCAUUUUAUCCUUUGUGUGUGUGUGUGUGGGUGUGUGUGGUUGUGUCUGGUUGUGCCUCAACAGAAAGUCAGGAUGUCACUUGUAUUGGAUUUUGAUUCAUCUGAAAAGAAUCAGAUGAAUCAGUUCUCCAGGGACUGCUGUCUUGUGUGUGUUCUUUUUCAAAUGAAAUGCUAGAUUUCUUACUUUUUUACACAAGUCCUUGCUUUAGUGCUAGGUUUUUUUUUGUUUUGUUUUGUUUUGUCUUUACAAGUUUUCCUUAUCUGCCAAAUAGAGAGGCUUUCUUUGUGCACACAAAUGAUGCUAGAAACUUUCGCAAAACUUACUUUCUUCUUCUUAGUCAUUUUUGCAAUUCCUUUUAACCUGCUGGUCCCAAUGUUAUUUAUAGUGGCUAUAUGUAGUCAGUUACCUUCAAUUUCAUUCAGGUCCCCUGGCAGGGUAACCACAAUGUGUGCAAUAGUUCAUUAAAUUAACUAUGGAUUAACUGUGUCAACCAGGUUAAUCUUAAGUGUCCAAAUACCUUAUUAUGACCAGUAUUCAGUAUCCUAUCAUCUUAUCUAUAUAUCUAUAUAUACUAUCUAUAUAUCCUAUCUAUAUAUGUUCCGUGUACCUCGACUAUAUGUGCUGUAUAUUUCAACUUUAUUGUGCUUGAUCUUGUCAGCAUUUCCACAUAUCUGCGUGUUCGUGAUUCUGAAAAAAGGUUUACAUAUAUUAAAUUAUCAAGAUACAGUAUCACUGGUAGUUACAUAUUUAUACAACAAACCCAUUUUAAAUGUGUUAUUUAUUUAGAUUAAAAGAGAGGCCAAUAUGGGAACAAGUGUUUACAACUGCUAUAAUGUGAAUGAUAACUUGUUUUGUGGACAUCUCACGAUUAAACAAUUCAACAUAACUACAA